AUGGGACUGUUACGGAAUGUUGCGCUCAUUCUGUGUGGCAUGGCAGCUAUUCAUGAGCAUAUAAUUGAGAUGGUAACAGCAGAAUAUGAUGCUCCUUUAGGCGUCGUCUGCGGAACGGAAGGAAGUGAGUUACCUGUACACCCAAACUCUGUAGUUGAACUCUGCCACAAAUAUGGAUUUCAGAAAAUAAGGCUUUUGGAUCCCAAUCAGGAUAUGAUGGACGCGCUACGCGGUCAGUUUAUGAUAGUAAGUAUUGACAUUAGGAACGACCAAUUACCUAUGAUUGCAGAGGGUGGGGAAAAAUUGCAGUUAUGGUAUGAUACUUAUUUGAAACCCUACCGUGACUACAUAACGAUAGAAUAUAUUGUUGUCGGGAACGAGGCCAUUCCCGGUCCCUUUGGCGAGUACGUUGGGCCAGCAAUACUGGCUAUUCAGCUACUUCUACGUGACAAUGGUCUAGAAACGAUUACGGCGACCACUGCCUUGUCGACGUCCGUUUUGGGAGCUGCUUUUCCACCAUCAAAUGGUUCGUUUAAGAGUGAGACAAGUAGUGAUACGUUGAGCGCCAUCUCAAGUCUAGUAAAUUGGUACCCUAGACCAUUACUUAUGGUGAAUUUGUAUCCGUAUAAUUAUUUUGCAGCGGGUCUUAUACGCUCUGAUUUCGCGACAUUUUCGGCACACAAGCCUGUUUUUUGGGGGGACAACCAUGUUGGUUAUUGGAACAUGCUUGACGCAUUAUUGGAUGCUUUUGAUUCUACUCUGAAGAAAAUAGAAUUUCCGAAGGAAGUGAACUUGGUGGUGGGUGCGAGCGGUUGGGGAACAGUAAAAUAUUCACCAGGCUGA